UGCCACUUCGCACGAUCACACUUUUACGCGGGCCGCUGCAAACUCGCGGUGUUUUGACAUGUUUGAGGUAAUGAUAGGUAGAUUGGAAGGUUGGAUCCACCACUCGAGGAAUACAGAAUCACGGGAUUGAUGGGAUGUACAUAACUUUCGAGGGAUUUAGUCGAGAUGGAUAUUACUAUUAGAAAUACGUCCACCAAAAAUGAAACAACUUUUGAGCCUGAGUGCCGAUCAUUCUGGGACUACAUCAACUCCACCACGGUGUGUGAUUUCGUCUUGGCGACACGUGAUUGCCAGACGGAUAUAGGAUUUUUCAACUACAACACCUUGGUUGCAUGUAACGUUAGACCUGACUUGCGACCCCUUGUCGUAUUCCUACUUGUGCUCUGGUGGUUAUACCUGCUAGUUUCAUUGGGCUCCAUCGUUGAGACAUUCUUCUUUCCUUGCGUCCGUGCCCUUAAGACGAUUUUGCGACUGAGUGACAAUAUCGCUGGUGUAACGCUCUUGGCCUUUGGGAAUGGUGCAGUAGAUGUCAUCUCGAGCAUAGCUGCUGCUUCCAGCUUUACUGCAGGGGAGACUGGCCUUUCAGUUGGUGCACUUCUAGGUGGUUCCAUGUUCAUCACGACCGUGUGCGCCGGUAUCGUUAGCGUGCUGACGCCGUUUACGUCCAUGCGAGUGCCUCUAGUACGGGAUGUCCUCUUUCUCCUCGGAGCGAUUGCUCUCACGUUCUACAUAAAAUUCGAUGGAAAGGUCACUCUACCAGAAUCAAUAGGUUACGUGGGCUAUUACCUUGGCUACAUCGUAGUCGUGAUAAUAUCACGAAUAUUUGCCAAGAAAUGUUGCACUGGCGUACCAUCAAGCCGACGGUACCGGGAAGAAAACGUGCUUGGCAGGGAGCAGGCGCCACUACUCGGACCAAGGAACACUUUGCCGCCACUUCUCAAGGGUGGUGAACAUUUCAUAAAGGAGUUCCAGACGAGCAUGACUCCUCUUCCUUGCUUCUCGCAAAUCGCUUCUUUACGGAAACAGACCCACGUAGCUGUCUCACCACCCCUCAGUUGCAGUGCAGUCUCCGACGCUUCCAGUGGAUCUGCUUCCUCAGAUUCUAAACUCUCUCUCAAAUCAUCAGACUACAAAACAUUUAAAUCCGCGGAUUCUGGCGACAGCAAAUCGUCGGGAUGGGACCCGCAAACGUCUCCUUCUGAGGAGAACUCGGCCUACUAUUCAGUGGAGGAGGACGGUACGCAUCGAAGUGUUUCUGCGGCGAACUCGAGAAAAUACUCAGCGGAAGAGAACGGGGCUUCGACGCAUCAAAAAGACACCUCUGGUGUGGGGAAAGACCACAUGCUAAUGGACUUCUUCGCUGCAAUAUGCCCUAUCGAGCCCAGCAACUGGGACUCUGCUCCACUCUACAAAAAGAUUUUUUAUGUGAUGAGGAGUCCUGUCGUAUUCAUUGGGCGACUGACCAUCCCUGUCGUGGACUACGACCAGCCGCCUCUCUUCCGGUGGAACCAAAUGCUCAGCACUAUCCAGUGUCUGACCGCCCUAAUGUUCAUGACAGUGUUCACCGGUGUGUAUACCUAUAACGUAGCUGAUAAUGUCCCCAUAUGGGUGAUAGCGAUUAUGAUCGGGGCUCUUCUUGCUACGGUGGUUCGUCUGACAACCUCACGCCACCAGCGUCCCAUAUACCACUGGGUUUUUGCCUGUGCCGGCUUUCUUGUCUCUAUCGUAUGGAUUUACACAAUAUGUAGCGAGGUUCUCAAUUUAUUACGUAUGUUUGGUACUGUAUUCAACAUAAGUAAAGCUAUUCUUGGCUUUACACUGCUUGCUUGGGGAAACGGCAUCGCAGAUUUGGUGGCAAAUAUUCAAUCUGCCAGGCGAGGGUAUCCUAGAAUGGCUAUUUCAGCAUGCUUCGGAGGCCCACUUUUUAAUAUACUUAUUGGUAUUGGAAUCCCAUUCAUAAUGAUAACAGCGUCGUCGGACGAUGACUCAGCGCAGCUUCGCUUAUUGGACACGGGUGUGGUCAUCUUGGCCUUCCUCGCCGCUAGUCUCCUAUCCACCUUGAUCAUCGUUCCAAUCAUGAAGUUCAAGUUUACGCGUCCAUACGGUGCUUUCCUUAUUUUUCUCUACAUCUGUUUCUUGAUCGUGGUGCUGCUAGUUGAGGGUGGCAUCAUUGCUAUACCACCGGGACGGCCCCGAUGAGAUGGAGGAUCGCAUCAUUGCUAUCGAUCAUGACCACCGGCAAGCAGAUAAAGACUGGUAAACACGUGAGACGAAGAACAGCACCAUUAAUUGGCAUGCGCUUGGCGGGAAAUGCAUUGCUCGAUGACAGGGAAUGACGUCAUUGAUUGGCAGGGACUUGACAGGGAGGAAUGGCAUUAUGGAUUAGAACUUGACGGGGAAAAACGCCAUUGAUUGGCAAACACAAAGAACGAAAAUAAGAACGAGGCCCUGUUUUAAAAUUUGUUUUAAUCCCGUUGUUUUAAUCAUACAUACCAGCAAGAAGGAACACCCUUUAACAUGAAGAAUGAAUACUCAAACCUCCUGGUGUAAGCGAGGAGUAUGAGUUGUACUCUUGCCUCUUGGACAAGAAAAGAGAGUGGAAAAAGAACACAAACUUGUUAUUUUGUUAUUUAGAAACUUACACGAAUUUAUAAUAGGACUACAAAAGUAAAAAUGUUUGUGAGAAUAUCUUAAUCAGAUUGGAAGACUUUCCACAAUUAUUUUUCAUUACUUGCCUUUACUUGUUCAGUGACGCCACUCGAUAUUCUGUAAAAUUCUUUUUUCGAGUUGCGAUGUUUGCUCGUUAUAUAACCUUUUUGUGCGAUAAACAUUGCUUGUUUACACACAGCCAUUCGAAAUUCUUGUAUUGCUGAUAAAUUGAUUAGAAUAGUGAAAUAAUUAUACUGUUGAGGCUUUUACUCGAAUAAAAACACAAUAUCAUGC